AUGGAUCGGCAAUUCCGCUCCAAGUUUUCGAUUGACCGUUAUUUCCCUUCGUAUUUAAACACCGACGGAUCCCAAGUAAUGUUUUAUAUUUUUAACCGAAGUGAUAUUUAAGUGCUUUAGUUUUGAACAGUCAGACAGCUACCCAAGCUCCACAGAAACAUUGAAAUGCAAACAACCGUUUUACACAUACAAGGACAUCGUGCACAAUACGACAGUAAGGUUCCGCAUGCAAAAUAAACAAUUUUGCAGUCGAAAUACAUAUGUCCUCACACGGGUUAUGCACGGUACCGAAGUGGCAGCCAAGCAAUCUCCCUAAAAGCCCAAAAAGAAUUAAAUUCCCUUGACUGUCAUGGAUUAUACAAAAAAUCAAAUCAUCAUCCAAAGCCGUUGUCGAACUUUUCAUACGCUCGUGAAUUUAACGCGGCGUCCGUCAUUCGUCCCGAACUUCCGCGGAGAUUGAAUUACACGUACAGAUCGACAUUUUGUCACGACAGUGUUCUGAAACAAGUCGAUCAUUCCUCAGACAACAAAAGCUGUAGACUGAAUAGUUUUAAAGAGAAAUAUCCCCUUAUUACAUACUCGACAUCACAUGAUUCUCUUGACGCUGGUCUAUCGAAGGAAAACAAUGAACACAGGAGAUUAACUCUUACAUACCAACGAUUUUCAGAACCAAGGACCGUCAAGGCUGUCCUACGUCCUCUGUCGAUAACUGCUGAUAAACGCUGGAAAAAGCAUGACUCAAACAUUCGUUCCACGGAUUGUAGCCAUGAUUCUCACAGCUUCAAUCUGACGCGGAUUCCCCUCAUGGAAUGCUCAGCCGUAAUCCCGGGAAAAGAACCUAAACCUGGCGACGUUAUAAAAGAUAUCUAUUUGUUAUUAGAAGAAAUCGGAAAUGGAAGCUUUGGAAGAGUUUUCAGAGCCCUUAAUCAAAAACUGGGAAUUCAGUGUGCGAUCAAGUGUAUGAAGAUGUCCCCUAAAUUUGAACAAAUAAUAAGACAAGAACUACACAUACUCGAAUUUUUCAAAAAGGAGGACCCUGAUGACGACCAAAAUGUUGUCCGAUUUUACGAAAGCUUUUCAUGGAAUGGGAACAUAUGCGUCGUUUUUGAACUUUUAUGUGUUAAUCUAUAUCAGAUAAUGAGUCGAAACGGUUUUAAAGGGCUACCGUGUAUAACUGUCAAAAGAAUUUGUGCGUGCAUAUUAAAGUGUUUAAAGUUUCUUCAUAAGUAAGUUAUUGCCUGCGUUUUCAGAGGUUUAAGCUUUGUUGCAUCCACUAGCUUCAAAAUUAUUUGGCCUUUAGUAAUUUGCACGUUCUGUGCAUAUAGUUAAUUUGUGCGUUGGCAAAUUUAAUUCAUUUUAGGAACCAGAUAAUCCACUGCGAUCUCAAACCGGAGAACAUUCUAAUGAUCCGUCCUGGAUAUCCAUCGGUUAA